CGCUCCUCCUCCGUGUUGUGGAAACCCGGCCCCGCUCGUCCGCCGGCCGCCGCUCGCCCCCCCGCCUCCGGGACCUGGGGGGGGACUGCCUGAGCGAGAUGGACACAAGAAAUCCGGACUUUUGAACUUCUACUGGAAAAGAUAAAAUGAGCAAGCCCUUUAAGAUGCUGGGGAGGUCGGGGCUGAACUAAUUUGGGAGAUGAGAGGAGAUGCUGGCAUCAAGGCUUUUAGCUGGCAUCUGGAAAGAUCCAUUGGACGUGCUGUGCUGAUUUUACAAGAAUCUGCUUUACAACUUCAGGGAAACCAGUAAAGAAGCAAGCUUUCACCAUCUAACUCUGGAGGAAUUUUACAGUCUCCCAAACUACGGAGUCCCAGGCAUGCAGUAGAGCCUCACUGGAGGAAAUGUCAUCUUGGACCAUGGGUACCCGCAGCCUGGACAAGAGAGAAAGUUUCUUUAAGCUUAUUGACACAAUUGCUUCGGAGAUCGGAGAACUGAAACAGGAGAUGGUGCAGACAGAUGUCAGCCUGGAAAAUGGCCUGGAACUCACUGAAGCCCACAGCAUGGUAAGACAUAAGGAUGAUGGCUAUUCCAAGGAAAAGGAUGUGAAGACCUGUCCCCGGGACUCUGGCUACGACAGCCUCUCCAACAGACUCAGCAUUUUGGACCGGCUUCUUCACACUCACCCCAUAUGGCUGCAGCUGAGUCUGAGUGAAGAGGAGGUGACAGAAGUCCUCCAGUCCCAGCCUCCGGGGAUCUUCCUGGUUCAUAAAUCCACCAAAAUGCAAAAGAAAGUCCUCUCACUUCGCCUGCCCUGUGAAUUUGGAGUCCCACUCAAGGAAUUUGCCAUAAAAGAAAGCACAUACACCUUUUCCCUGGAAGGCUCAGGAAUCAGCUUUGCAGAUUUAUUCCGGCUCAUUGCUUUCUACUGCAUCAGCAGAGACGUUCUUCCAUUUACCUUGAAGUUGCCUUAUGCCAUUUCAACAGCGAAGACUGAGGCUCAGCUUGAAGAACUAGCCCAGCUGGGAAUAAAUUUUUGGAGCUCUCCAGCUGACAACAAACCUUCAAACCCUUCACCUCCCCAUAGGACUGUCUCCUCCGACGGUGUUUGUCCUGCCUCCCGUCAGCUCUGCCUCAUAAAUGGAGUGCAUUCUAUAAAAACCAGGACGCCUUCAGAGCUGGAGUGCAGCCAGACCAACGGAGCCCUGUGUUUUAUUAAUCCUCUUUUCUUGAAAGUGCACAGCCAGGACCUCAGUGGAGGCCUGAAGCAGCCCUGCACAAGGACUCCCAACUCGAAUGGCACUGAGAGGCCUCGGUCACCCCCACCCAGGCCCCCGCCACCGGCUAUUAAUAGUCUGCACACAAGCCCUCAGCUGUCCAGGACUGAAACGCGGGUGAGCAUGCCAGAAACAGUCAACCAUAACAAACAUGGGAACGUAGCUCUGCUUGGAAUGAAACCAACCCCCAUCCCUCCACCCCGGCUGAAGAAGCAGGCUUCUUUUCUUCAGGCGGAAGGCAGCGCAAAGACCUUGACCGGCAGCCGGCCUUGCCAGGGCCAGGAGUGGGAGCUGGAGCAGGGGCAGGAGUCCUGCACAGCUGGCAGCCCAGGUGGCGCCCCGCCUGCAGAGGCCCUGGGGGAUUGCACAAGGGCCCAGGCCGCCUGCUCUGAAUCACGGCCCCGGUGGCAUGGAGGCAGACAGAGGCUCAGCGACAUGAGCAUUUCCACUUCCUCCUCUGACUCGCUGGAGUUCGACCACAGCAUGCCUCUGUUUAACUAUGAGGCUGACACCAACAGCAGCCUGGAGGACUAUGAAGAUGAAAGUGACCAGGAGACCAUGGCCCCCCCCAUCAAGUCCAAAAAGAAGAGGAACAGUUCCUUUGUGCUGCCCAAGCUUGUCAAGUCCCAGCUACGCAAAAUGAGUGGGGUGUUCAGCUCCUUCAUGACCCCGGAGAAGCGCAUGGUCCGCAGGAUCUCUGAGCUGUCCCGAGACAAGUGCACCUAUUUUGGCUGCCUGGUGCAAGACUACGUGAGCUUUCUGCAGGAGAACAAGGAGUGCCAUGUGUCCAGCACAGACAUGCUACAGACCAUCAGGCAGUUCAUGACCCAGGUGAAGAACUACUUGUCUCAGAGCUCGGAGCUGGAUCCCCCCAUCGAGUCGCUGAUCCCUGAAGACCAAAUAGAUGUGGUGUUGGAAAAAGCCAUGCACAAGUGCAUCUUGAAGCCUCUGAAGGGGCACGUGGAGGCCAUGCUGAGAGACUUCCACUUGGCCGACGGCUCAUGGAAACAACUCAAGGAGAAUCUGCAGCUCGUGCGGCAGAGGAAUCCACAGGAGCUGGGGGUCUUCGCCCCAACCCCUGAUUUUGUGGAUGUGGAGAAAAUCAAAGUCAAAUUCAUGACUAUGCAGAAGAUGUAUUCUCCAGAAAAGAAAGUCAUGCUGCUGUUGAGGGUCUGCAAGCUUAUUUACACUGUCAUGGAGAACAACUCAGGGAGGAUGUAUGGUGCUGACGACUUUCUGCCAGUCCUGACCUAUGUCAUAGCUCAGUGUGACAUGCUGGAACUGGACACAGAAAUCGAGUACAUGAUGGAGCUCUUAGAUCCUUCGCUGUUACACGGAGAAGGAGGCUAUUACUUGACAAGUGCCUAUGGGGCACUUUCUUUGAUAAAGAAUUUCCAAGAAGAACAAGCUGCAAGACUUCUCAGCUCAGAGACCAGAGACACCCUGAGGCAGUGGCACAAACGGAGAACCACCAACCGGGCCAUCCCCUCAGUGGAUGACUUUCAGAAUUACCUUCGAGUCGCAUUCCAGGAGGUCAACAGUGGCUGCACGGGCAAGACCCUCCUUGUGAGACCAUACGUGACCACCGAGGAUGUGUGUCAGCUCUGUGCAGAGAAGUUUAAAGUAGAGGACCCUGAGGAGUACAGCCUCUUCCUCUUUGUUGACGAAACAUGGCAGCAGCUGGCAGAGGACACUUACCCUCAAAAAAUCAAGGCUGAGCUGCACAGCCGGCCACAACCCCACAUCUUCCACUUUGUGUACAAGCGCAUCAAGAAUGAUCCUUACGGUAUAAUUGUCCAUAAUGGGAAAGGAGACUCCACCAAUUCAUAGAAGACACCUGGGACUUUCCAGCAGUGCUUUCAAAGGAGGGUGAGGAACCUAGCCUUCUGGCUUCCACGUGGUUGUGUUUGAAAAGCAGUCACCGCCUUGCAGACCCCUCAGUUCAGUGACUAAGCCAUCCACAGGCUGACUUGGCAGGACAUCUUUAGCCACAUUGCCCAAGCAAGGUAGCUGAGAUACAUGAAACAGUAGGAUUCUCCUUCAGAGAUGGAGAAUUGCAUUUUAUGGUCUAAGGGUCCUACAAUUAAUUCUUUGCUACCUACCUGCAGCCAAGUUCUAGGUGGAGUCACAAGUAUGUAUAUAUGCUGAAUAAACAUUUAAGGUACAACAAGCUCUUCUCUUGAAUUCAACAGUAGGUGUUUGACAAGGUUGGCCGAUGCAGUGCGUCAGGUAUUUUUGAGUUCUUUGGAUAGCUUCCUUCACCUUUUUCAUUUUUCCUUUUUAAAAAAAAAAUUUGCAAAGAACCUUUGUGUUUUUAUAUAUUUCAUAAAUUUUUAUAGCAGUUGCAGGUAAACUGUCAGGAUUGGUUUUUAAAAUAUUUUUGUAACUUUAAAAUAUUCUGUAAUUAUGCAUGUGAUUUUAACAUUUAAUAUUCAAAAAGAAAUCUCUUGCUGGAUUUGAGAGUAUUGCAUUAUACGAGUCUCUCUUCUAUAACUGGAUGUUUUGGCAACUUUGUGGGGAGAGACUGCUGGAUUUCUUAAACUGAUGUAUUACUGACACUGGCCUUUCGAAAUCUGAUGUACUGUUACCUUGUUCAUGCUAAGUGACAUUUGCUGUCUUGUGUUUAACCAAGUAAUGUUGAGGAUCAGGAAAGUAAUGAAUGUAGAGAAAGAUUGAGAGAGAAAUACAGGCUCUAACAAAGGACUAAGGAGUUAGUCGUUAGUCUGCAGGUUCAGACUCCUUGAAGAAAGUGGGAAAUGGAGAUGGAAGGAAUUUUUUAUGCUGAGAAUAUUGUAAAUAUGCAGUGAGAUUUGGCUAAUUUUUUCCGUGUUAUUUGCUCUUAGAAACAAUUUUGAAAACUCCAUGAGGAGAGAAACAAUAAGGAUAACACUUAUUUUUCUUUUCCACAUAAGUCAAAACUAAUAGCCUCAGAUUAUUUGGGACAGAAACCAAGUAAUGUCUACUGUGACUUUCAUUGAGUUAAAUAAGAUGCUGUUUAGAAAAGAGUUUUCAAAUGCACCAUAAAGGCCAUCUGAAUUUUAAGAAUGUAUGAUUAAGUAAAUUUAUGUUUUGUAAAAUCUGGUUAGGGAUACACAAAGUGUGAGAGUCUUGUAUCAGUGUACCACAGGUAGUUGCUAAAACAUGUUAUUGUACUGUGUAAAGAUGUGUAGUCAUCUAAUUUGAUUGGCAUUGUACCUUGUUCCUUUGUUAGCUUUUGUGAUACAUGCAGAACCUUCAGCACAUACUGUGUUGUACUUCCUUUUGUAAAUGAUUUUCAAAUGGAAUUUUGCACAUAAUACAUUGUAAUAUUGUACAAUAAUCAUGUGUGAAAAUAAUUUUUGAAAUAUUC